AUGGCCAUUUUUCAGUCUAUCCUGAAUGCCUUGUUUGGCUUGGGUCAGAAGUUCAAUGUCCUUAAUCCAGCCUUUCAGUUUGUUCGGACUACCCUGUUCUCUUACCUCAAAGAAAUGAUGAAAUUUACCGUUCCAGCCUUUUAUUUCCGCAUUAUGGCUAUCAUUGAGGGAGGUGAGCAAACUAUUGGUAUCGUGGUGUGGGGGUUUAAGUGGGGAACUGGUGACCGGAACCGGGAUGGAAUUCUCCCUCUGGCAUAA